AUGUUCGCCGCACGACAGAGGGCAGUUUGCGCCGCCCGCCAGCUGCAGCGGACAUGCCGAACCUACGCCUCCGAGGCCCACGGCCACCACUCGUCUGCGCCCGUUAGCGAGUCCUUCGGGAAAGGAUCCGUGCUUACACUCGGCGCGUUGCUGGGCACCAUUCUCGUCUUCCAGUUCCGCCCUCAGGAGAGCGAGACCUGGAACGGCGUGCUCGCAAAGUACCGAUCAAAGGCCGAGGACUGGGAGGCCAUCAACUCUCUGCACACAAAGGCCGCGGAGCAGGCUGGCUACGACAGAAAUCUGUUUGAGAACGCAUCAACCAAGCGCGCAUUUGUCGAUGUCGCAUACCCCGAGUACCUAAUGUUACGAACCACGAUACACAGGGCCUUCACAUCCCAUGCUCAGCGAAACAUCCAGGCCGGUCACCUCCCCAACAUUGACCACGUCGUAGAGCAUUACCGACAACAGCACUUGAAGGUGGAAGAGAAGAAGGCGACCAAGCUGGCC